AUGAAGAGGCUGCUAGGAAAGCUGCAACCACCUGCAGAGGGUGAGGCAAGUCCUGAGGAGUCAGCUGAACGCACCCUGAGGCUGUACGCUAAGCGGAAGGAAGGAGGCUGGGGACUGGUGAGUGUCAGCACCAUGGUCCAGUAUGAGACAAACAUCCACGAAUACAUCAAUAAGAUGGCCCCAACUGACCACGUGCUCAGUGAAUACCUCAGGCAGCAGAAACCAAAGAAUGAGGAGGAACAGGAGGAACCAUCAUGGAAGGAUAGGCCCCUGCACGUUUCCGUGUUUACGUCUAAUGAUAAAGAUGGCACAGAAUCAGUGGUGAAGGAUGUCCUCCCGGGAGACAGCGUCCACAGCCUGCUCAGUAUUCUGGACACUAUCACUGGUUAUCCAGCUCCAUAUAAAACUGUGUCGGCACGAGCUGCAACUCGCUCCACCAUCUUACGCUUACCUGCUUCAGCCUUCGAGUCAGUGUUUAAGAAAUACCCUGAGACACUUGUACGCGUCAUUCAGAUAAUUAUGGUGCGCCUCCAAAGAGUUACCUUUUUGGCUUUGUAUAACUAUCUGGGCCUAACAACUGAGCUCUUCAAUCCGGACGAGUUACUUGCCAGAACCACUGAAAACACUGCAGAGACAGAUGGUGUAAAAGGACAGCCCUUCAAACAGGAAGCUGAAAUCCACCUCUAUGCCCACUGAAUGCACAGGUAAUGGCCUGAGCCUGGCCUGCGAAUGAGCUCGAGUUACCAUUGAGGAGGCUCCAUCAAGUCCUAUCACUCACAAAGUAAGUCUAGUCUGAAGAAGAGUGUGACAAUGCAACACACACCAUCUGAAGUAUUUCACUAUACAGACAGUGGAGGGCACGCUGAUGCUACCUAUCUUGGUAAAAGCAGUGCAAUCCUCCAAGCUGCUAAGAAAGACC